AUGAAGUCCUUCUCUGUCGCAGCUGCCAUUGCAGCUUUUGCUACCUUGGCUCUUGCUGGCCCAGCUCCAGCUCCAAUUUCGUCCCCAACUGAAGCAUUAGUCGAGAGAGAUCUCCCACUGGUUCAAUCCAACCAACUUCGCCGUGUUCUCCUCCGAUCAGAACUUUUGGCCAAAGCUCGCAUUCUUGAAGGUUUCGCUUACAACACUACCGGACGAAACCGUCAAAUCUUCACCCCAGGUCACAAGGCGACCUACGAGUACAUCUACAAGUUUAUGAGCGAUAAUGGCUAUGAUGUCGAGUACAACGAGUUUUUCGCCGCGACCUCUAGCGGAUCACUGGUGGUUGACGGUGUCAACAUUCCAGCCCGCCCAAUGACCUUUACCCCAUCUGGUAAGCCAACUGGCAGACUUGUGAAGGUUAACAACAUUGGAUGUGAAGCUUCCGAUUACCCAGCUGCGGUCAGCGGAGGAGUCGCUCUUGUCCUCAGAGGCACAUGCCCAUUCGCACAAAAGGCGAGACUCGCAGGACUGGCUGGAGCUGUAGGAACUGUCAUCUACAACAACGUUGCAGGUCCUCUCGAUGGUACUCUCGGUGCUGCUGACCCAGCUUUUGUUCCAACUGUCGGAAUCAGUGACACUGCCGGAGCCUCUUUGGUUUCUCAACUCGCUACUGCUACUAAGACCGCAUCUUUGGAUGUCUUGGUUACCGAUUUGCCAACAUACAACGUCAUCGCACAAACCAAGGGUGGUGACAAGGACAACGUCCUCCUUGUUGGUGCACACACCGAUUCCGUAAACGCUGGUCCAGGUCUCAACGACAACGGAUCUGGAACCAUCGCUCUACUCGAAAUCGCAAAGCAACUCACCGCAUUCAAGACCAAUAACGCUAUUCGUUUCGGUUUCUGGUCCGCUGAGGAAGUCGGGCUUGUCGGAUCCACCAGAUACGCCAACGGUCUCUCUGAGGCCGAGCUUGCCAAGAUCACCCUCUACCUUAACUUCGAUAUGCUUGCAUCUCCAAACUACGUCUACGCCAUCUAUGAUGGUGACGGAUCUGCCUUUAACAUCUCUGGUCCACCAGGAUCUGCCGCCGCUGAGAAGCUGUUCGAAGACUACUUCCGCAACGACGUCGGACUCAACACCAUCCCAACCGCCUUCGACUCUCGAUCCGACUACGCUGCCUUCGCCGCUCGUGGUGUCCCAGUCGGUGGUCUCUUCACCGGUGCUGAAGUCAAGAAGACCCCAGAACAAGCCGUUCUCUUCGGUGGACAAGCCGGUGUCGCAUACGACGUCAACUACCACGGUGCCGGUGACAACGUAUCUAACCUCAACGUCGGUGCUUGGAUCCAGAACACCAAGGCCAUCGCCCACGCUGUUGCUACUUACGGUAUCAGCUUCGCGAGCUUGGGUCUUGGAAAGAGAGAUAUUGAGAAACGUUCCGAGUGGGUCCAAGAGGUUCCUUCGGUUGCUGAUCAAGGCCAUGAACAUAUUAGCAGUGGUUGUGGUCAUGAGAAGGCUGAGAUUUAG